AUGAGCACCGAUUCGGAUUGUAAUUCAAAAACACCACCGGAGACAUCAUCAAAUACAAGCGUUAAUAAUAACAAUAGUAAUAGCAAUAAUAAUAAUCAACAUAAUCGUGAACAACACUCAGUUGAAAAUACUAGUAUCAGUAACGAGGAAAUGAAACAGCCUUCCAUAUCAUCAAUAACAACACCCAUGAGCAAUAAUUUCAAAACUACGACAACAACAACAGGUUCCACAAUUUCCAUGACCAUAACAAGUAACGUGCAUUCCUCAUCAUCCCACGAUCCAACACCACCAUCAUCAUCAACCAUUUUACCUCCAUUGUCCUCGCUUCAACUGUUCAAUCUACCACGCACAACAGCAACUCAGGGCUCAGCAAACCAUCAGGAAAGGAAACAAGUGUAUUCAGACAGCGAUUUACGGAGUGGCUUGCCUCCGAUAAUGUCCUCCACAACACACGAAAAUUUCAAAAAGCAGAUCAUCACAAAUUCAACGUCAAAUAUUGGAAUCAUUUCAGGCGAAAUGCCACAAUCUGCAUCUCCGCUCUCCACUCACAACGGCAGCAAGGAGAGCCUUCGAUCAAGCGCUUCUUCUGAUGACUUAAAUAAGAUUCAAACCUGUACCUUACACAAUCUACCAACAUUUGACUCUAACUCUAUUUCUCCACUCAGUAUGGAAGAUAAUUCAGCAUUCAAACAUCAAAUGUACAAGGAACAAUUUAAAAAGUAUGUCACACAAUACAAGAGAAGAUACAAGAAAGUUGUCAUCUCCAAAACCCCAGAGCAACAAAAAACUAUCCUCACGAAAUUGUUAAACUUUCAAGGUGGACAGUUUUUUUCAAACUUACAACACACACAGAAGAAUCAUUUGGUCAUACAAGCGUGCAUGCAAGAAGGAGACCAAGUAUUAGAUUUGGCCGUGUUGGUCACAAGAAAAAGAAUCAGUGCAAAACCGAAGCUUGAAGAUUUUUCGUUUAACAUGGUGGUUUUAUCAAAUUCCACAACACUUUUGCCACGAACGCACGCCACCAAGUCUGUAUCAUUCGACAGUACCUCGGUUGAUCAACUCGAGUCUAAGCCAAUGCAACAACGGUGA